AAACGGAUGGCUCUGUUUUAUAAUAGAGCGGUAUUCCAUCAAUUUGAAAAGGAAAAGGAAAAAAACAAGCCAUAACCUUACACGUAGCAUGAAAAAUACAAUCAACGCCCAAUGGUUGUCUCUCUCUAACUUGUAAAGUAAAACCUUUUGCUGAGUGGUGACAGCCAAUUCCUAUUGGCGUAGCUGUUACAUACGUCAACCGCGCAGUACUGGAUUCUCAUCCUUAUCCCGCUAAUCAAAAGCCCCCCUUUAAAAAAUCCACAAAGCCGGUUAUAUCUCCAUAAUCUGUGCUCAAAGUGAGCUUUUGAGCAGUAAGCCUAGUAUUAUUUUAUACCGGUAUUUGCCAGUCCCAGUCACCCCUCAACAGUUACAACUUUACAUAUUACAACCUUCCCACUAUAAAAUAAAUAUUCGCAAGUGGAACCUAUAGAACUCUUGAAUUCUGUAAAUUCGUAUUUGUAACGGUUUGGCUAUGGAGGCACGUGAAUUUUCACACACAUAUGCGGAGCCGAGCGAUGAGACGUCGGAGACGCUAUUCCAAAAGCGGCGUUGCUGUUUUUGCUUCCCAUCGUCAGGAGGCAUCGGCUUUAAUUGGUGGCGUAGGAUACGGACUCGGGAAGUGGAGGAAGGCUCUGUUUGGGCCAAGGGAAUUAACGCUGUACUGAAGCUACGAGAGUGGUCGGAGCUCGCGGCGGGGCCGAGAUGGAAGACUUUCAUCCGGCGUUUCAAUCGCAGUAAAAGUGGAAAGCAAGGGAAAUUCCAGUAUGAUCCUCUCAGUUAUGCACUAAACUUCGACGAAGGUCAUAGCGGGAAUAACGGAGAGGAGGAUGAGUACGGGCUCCGGAAUUUCUCGACGAGAUACGCCUCUAUUCCGGCGUCGGCUGUGGGCUCCAUGGAUUUGGGUAAGGAUGGGCCCAACUUUGUUUGAGUUGGCCUUCGAAUGGUGCCAACUGCCAAAUAGCCUACAAGGACUUCAGUGGUGUAGAAUGGGAUCACAGCUCAUUUCUAAUUGAUUUACUAGUAUAUUUUAGUUUUGUACAUUUGAGUUGGCCAAUGUAGCGACAUGUAGUAGGUCAAUUUGUGCAUAAAUAAAAUAUGUAAAUGAGGAAUAUGCAAUUUUUGUA